AUGGAACCCAGCCAUCAGCCGGUUUCUAGGGUGUCACUGUGUUGCGUACUUCAUACUCCGUAGUCUCCGUGGGGCGCAGAUUGGAGCUGUCAACAUUCAAUCCUGGGCGAUGCGGAGGUUUGCCGCGUUUGCCCGAUUUGGCUUGUUUGCCUGUCACUAGUGCCGCGCUGAUAACGACCGAAUGACGCCGCUCCAGCUCUGGUUCAACACAGAUCCCAUCCCUCAUGGCACGCCCGCGCGCUCUAUCGGGCGCUGAUGCCCCUAAAGAGCCACAUGCAGUCUCUCUCAAAGUAUUGCGGCUAUCGCGGCCUUCAUUAUCCUACCAAUACCCUCUGCCAACAUCGGAUACGAAGAUCUCGGGCAAAGCAUCGCUAAGCUAUCCGGCCGACAAUGUCGACGACCAGUACAUUCUCACUCCCAAUUUAACACUACCCCCGGCUUUCGGGUCGGCGUAUGUCGGUGAGACCUUCGCAUGCACCUUGAGCGCAAACAAUGAGUUACCCGAUGAGGAGACCUCGCGCGUUGUCACGUCGGUUCGGAUCGUGGCAGAGAUGCAAACGCCAUCGCAGGUAGCGGCCUUGGACUUGGAACCGGCCGAAGACACGGCUUCGCGGGAUGGAAUACAAAAGGGACAUUCUCUACAGAAAAUCGUGCGGUUCGAUCUCAAGGAGGAAGGCAAUCACAUCCUGGCGGUUAGUGUCAGCUACACGGAGACGCUGAUUGGGUCGGACGCGCAAGCGGCCAGCGGGCGCGUGAGGACCUUUCGCAAGCUCUAUCAAUUUGUUGCACAGCCCUGCCUCAGUGUUCGAACCAAAUCCUCCGAAUUGGCGCCGUUGGAAGUUGAGAACAAGUCCCUGGGGCCUUAUGGGAAAACCCGGCUGCUCCGGUUUGCGCUCGAGGCCCAAUUGGAGAAUGUGGGUGAUGGUCCGGUCGUGGUCAAGCAAACGAGGCUCAACCCGAAACCUCCGUUCAAGGCCGUCUCCCUGAACUGGGAUCUGGAGGGUCCGGAUCAAACAGAUCCGCAGCCACCGACUUUACACCCGCGGGAUGUCCUGCAGGUCGCAUUUCUCGUCGAGCAAGAAGAAGGGCAGCAGGACGGGCUGGAGACCCUGCAGAAGGACAUGAAGCGUGACGGGCGAGCGGUGCUGGGCCAGCUGUCGAUCGAGUGGAGAGGGGCGAUGGGCGACAAAGGAUUCUUGACGACGGGCAAUCUGUUAACGCGACGACGGGCAUGAACUGUGUACCUGAGCUGCAGCCGUUCCUUGCCCCUGUGUAACAACACACCAUUCCAGACACUGCAGCCAACGUCGCCAGCGCCGAUCCCGAGCGACUGUCUGCAGCGUCGAAAGGUACUCACGACUCACCGGUGAUUUCUUGGACCAAUCAGGGACACCACGACAGCGUCGCCCACAGGCUGGAUGGGACGGGAGCCAAGGCGAUGUUGCACGGAUGCAAACCUUCCAGGGCAG